UAGCCAGGAAAGUGCGUGCACUGGCCUCGCCUAUUCCCCAGUUCCCCUUGUCCUCCUCCUCCCAUCCCACUCCCACCACUCCCACUAGAAGCAACCCACCCCGCCCUCCUCGACCGAUCGCUCUCCGCCGGCGCCGCCAUGGAAUCCGACGAGUCCAACUCCGUCGCAGGAGGUAAGACACAAGAAAUUUCUGUACCACCUGUGGAAGGUGUAGCUGGAGGCGGGACUAGUUAUGGCUGGGUGGAUGGAGGCUUACAGGGGUCAAGCCUCGGUACCAGUGUGAUUGACCCUGCAAAAGUACACUCAACAGAUCUUUUGCAUGUGUGGUCUAUGCCCAGCACAGCAAAUGUUAGCCAGCAAGAAGCACCUCGACCUCUAGAACAUGUUAACCUUUUGGCAGCAAGAAAUGAAAGGGAAAGUUUUCAAAUUGCUUUACGUCCAAAGGUUUCAUGGAUCAGUUCAGGCAUCGCAGGGCCUGUGCAGAUUCAGUGCACUGAUCUAUGUUCAUCCUCUGGAGACAGGUUAGUGGUUGGUCAAUCUGUAACGUUGCGACGUGUGGUGCCUAUGUUAGGUGUGCCAGAUGCUCUUGUGCCUAUUGAUCCACUGUGCCCGCAAAUAAACCUACUUCCAGGGGAGACAUCUGCAAUAUGGGUCUCAUUAAAUGUUCCUUGUGGACAGCAGCCUGGUCUUUAUGAGGGUGAAAUAUUCAUUACUGCUACAAGGGCAGAAACAGAUUCCAGGGCAGAAUCAUUACCAAAAUCUGAGAGAUACCAGCUGUAUAGAGAAUUGAGAACUUGUCUUGACAUCACUGAAUCCAGAGACUGCUCAACGCCAGAGGAAAUGGUACAAAGACUAACAUCAACUUCAACCACACUGAAGAGGAUGUUAGUCCUUCCAGCAUUCCAGGACUGCCAAGAGAACAAUGGAUUAGGAGACAUGAUGGAUGAAGAUGUUAUGAACAAUGUCGCAGUUCGUGUGAAGUUAAGCCUGACUGUUUGGGAUUUCACUCUCCCACUGACACCUUCUUUACCUGCUGUUUUUGGUAUAUCUGAAACUGUCAUUGAAGAUCGGUUCUGCUUGGAGCAUGGUACCAAAGGAUGGUAUGAUGCACUAGAUGAUCACUUCAGGUGGCUCCUCCAGUACAGAAUUAGUCCAUUUUUCUGCAGAUGGGGCGAUAGCAUGCGCAUUCUUGCAUACACAUGCCCUUGGCCUGCUGAUCAUCCAAAGGCCAAGGAAUACUACUCUGAUCCAAGACUCGCAGCAUAUGCUGUACCCUACGCGCCAAUCCUAUCAUGUACUGAUGCAGCAAGAAAUUCCCUGCGAAGAGAAGUUGAUAUCUUGAAAACGGAGGCUCAUUGGUCAAAAGCUUACUUCUACUUGUGGGAUGAGCCAUUGAAUAUGGAACAAUACGAAGUGAUCCGCAACAUCUCUAAUGAAUUACGGACAUACACACCUGAUGUCCGUAUCUUAACGACAUACUAUGCUGGUCCAAGUGGUUCUGAACUGGCUCCCUCUACCUUUGAGGCUUUUGCAAAAGUUCCAAAUGUUCUGCGCCCACAUACGCAAAUCUUUUGCACUAGCGAAUGGGUUCUUGGUACAAGAGAGGACUUAGUGAAGGAUAUUAUUGCCGAACUGCGACCGGAGCUUGGUGAAGAGUGGUGGACAUAUGUUUGUUUGGGCCCUACUGACCCGCAACCAAAUUGGCAUCUUGGGAUGCGUGGAACCCAGCAUCGGGCAGUGAUGUGGAGAGUGUGGAAGGAGGGUGGCACGGGAUUUCUCUAUUGGGGUACCAACUGCUAUGAGAAGGCUAUGAUUCCAAGUGCUGAGAUCUGUUUCCGACGUGGCCUUCCUCCAGGUGACGGAGUUCUUUUUUAUCCUGGCGAAGUGUUUUCCUCCUCACAUGAACCAGUUGCGUCCCUCAGGCUAGAGCGCAUUCUCAGUGGCAUGCAGGACAUUGAAUACUUGAACCUUUAUUCUUCAAAGUAUGGCAGAGAGGAAGGCUUGGCUCUCCUCGACAAGACUGGUGUGUACCUUGGCCCGGAUCGCUACGCACAUGAUCAUGGACCAAUCGAUGCGAUGCGUGGCGAGGUAUACCGCACUUGCAGCUCUUAGGGCAGCCCUGCUGUUUCUUCCAUUGCAGCAUAUCAGUUGUUGUAUAUGGUUUAUGCAUGUAUUAGCCAACUGAAACUCAGUAAAUACUUUUGAUCCAACUCAUCGAAGCUGGAUGGAGAUACAGUAUGUCUAUGGUAGUGGCCGUCCGGGCCUGUUGUAUAUACGCAGGCUCCUGAUGUUUUGUAUAUACGCAGUUUCCAGUUAACUGGA